CCCUGACCUUUCGUAGAAAAACCUGAACCUCUAAAGGCGCCUCAUUUCAUACGUUUCCCAUUCCUCCUUCCGUUUCCCAUUCGUCUUAAUUCCGAGGAGGCCGGGGGAGGCGGCAGAGCGAGCGAGUACACCAUGAGGGAGUACUGGACGUCGCUGGCGUCGCUCAUGGGCGCGCUGGCGUUCCUGCAGGGCGUGCUGCACGCGGUGUUCCCGGCGGAGCUCCGGGCGGCGGUGGCGCGGCUGCUGGGGCGCGCCACGCGGGCCUUCUCCCCUUACUGCUACUUCGACGUCACGGAGACGGACGGGAUGAGCAACAACGAGAUCUACGACGCCGUGCAGCUCUACCUCAGCAGCACGGCGGCGCCGGCGUCGGGCGCCCGGCUCAGCCUGACGCGGCCCCACAACGCCUCCUCCUUCACCUUCGGCCUCGCGGCCAGCGACCGCGUCGCGGACUCCUUCCUCGGCGCGGCCGUAACCUGGGAGCACGUCGUGGCGCCGCGCCAGUCCCCCGGGUUCUCCUGGCGCCCGCUCCCCGAGGAGAAGCGUCGGUUCACGCUCCGGAUCCGCCGCGGAGACAGGGAGAAGCUGCUCCCGGCGUACCUCGACCACAUCCUCGCCAAGGCGCAGGACAUCAAGCGCCGGAGCCAGGACCGGCUGCUGUACACCAACGCGCGCGGCGGGGGCAUGGACGCGCGCGGCCUGCCAUGGGACCCCGUCCCCUUCAAGCACCCCAGCACGUUCGACACGCUCGCCAUGGACCCCGACCGCAAGGCCGACAUCAUGGCCGACCUCCGCGACUUCUCCAACGGCAGCGCGUUCUACGAGCGCACGGGCCGUGCCUGGAAGCGCGGGUACCUCCUGUACGGGCCGCCCGGCACGGGCAAGUCCAGCAUGAUCGCCGCCAUGGCCAACUUCCUCGGCUACGACGUGUACGACCUCGAGCUCACCGAGGUCAGCAGCAAUGCCGAGCUGCGGAAGCUGCUGAUGAAGACCACGUCCAAGUCCAUCAUCGUCAUCGAGGACAUCGACUGCUCCGUCGACCUCACAAACCGGGCGGCCAUGGCGCAGCCGGCGCCGAAGCCGCGGCCGAGCAUCACCGACGGCACGGCCGAUCACGACACGACCGGGGCGGCCACGGGCCGGUCGAUCACGCUAUCCGGCCUGCUCAACUUCACGGACGGGCUGUGGUCGUGCUGCGGCUCGGAGCGGAUCUUCGUGUUCACCACCAACCACGUCGAGAAGCUGGACCCGGCGCUGCUUCGAUCCGGCCGGAUGGACAUGCACGUCUUCAUGAGCUACUGCUCCUUCCCGGCGCUCAAGAUCCUUCUCAAGAACUACCUCUGCUUCCAGGGGGACUCGGACGACUGCGCCGAUGUCGUGAGGGCCAUGGAGGAAUGGAUCGAGGCGGCGGAGAUCACGCCGGCGGACGUGAGCGAGGUGCUGAUCAAGAACCGGAGGAACGGGAAGAAGAAGACCUUGGUGGAGCUGCUGGAGGUCCUGAAGGCGCGCGCCGAGAAGCGGCAGCGUGACAGCGGCACGGCGGCGGCGAGAAAGGACGCCGGCGACAACGAGGAGGAAGAGGAGGAGAAGAGGGCCCUUGAGAGCCCCAAGGAAGGGAAGGGGCAGCAGGCCGGCAAGGACAGCUGCCAGGACGGACAGGACGAGGAGACGGAUGCCAAGAAACAGCUGUGACUGAGCAAGCCAAGCACUCUGGCGUGAGGGGGAAAGCGAAGGGUUCAAAAUUUCACUGUUUCGUGAUUGAUACAUUCAAGUUCCCUUAACGAAGAAUGAAGAAUGCAAUGGUAGGAUAAAACGUUCUAGAAAUCAGUAGGUGCCCCUUUUUUGUUAUUUUUUUUUCUACCUUCUGUUUCCCACUGUUUCGACGUAUGCAGAUGCCCAAUCUAAUGUUUUAGGACUAACUUGUGUCUUGUGGUGUGUGAUCGUAUCCUUGAUAUCUCUAUCCCAUAAAAUGUACUGGAGUAGUAAAUUUGUUCGUCUUUUUGUUUAGCCA